CAGCAAUGUAACUUCCCAUUUCAACCAUAUCGUAUGUGUAGGCUCUCUCCAUGUGUCCUGCGCGGCGGUGUUGACUGUUUUUGCGGCGCAGCCAUGGACUCCAACACGGCACCCACCGAAAAAGUGCGUAUCUAAAGUGUCCCGGCUGGUCUGAAGAGGCACUGAACAAGACCACGGAGUGAGAGGAGCAGCUGCGGAUCUCGGCUGAAAAAAAAAAAGUGAAACUUGUCGAAUCAGAACCAGGACCAGCCUGACCACCAGCUCGUUUUCGGUUUUCUUUGAAGAUCCCGUUAGGGUUUGGUCAUCUGCCGGCUCGAAAGUGAAGUCACAGUGAAAACUGUGAAGUCACAUCGUCAUGGAAACAGUCAUCAGCAGCCCUGGCACUCACAACCAGUCAACUGUGUUCACCUCAAUCUUCAACUCUAGCUGUCGCUUCGAUGAGGAGUUCAAAUACAUCCUGCUGCCUGUGUCCUACAGUCUGGUGUUUGUGGUUGGGUUCGUGCUCAAUGCUGCUGCUUUGUGGCUGUUCCUAAAGAUGCGUCCGUGGAACCCCAGUACAGUGUACAUGUUCCACCUCGCCCUGUCUGACUUCCUGUACGUCCUCUCCCUGCCCACCCUCAUCUACUACUAUGCCAACCGCAGUCACUGGCCCUUUGGAGUGGCUGCCUGCAAAAUAGUGCGCUUCCUCUUCUACGCCAACCUCUACUGCAGCAUCCUCUUCCUCACCUGCAUCAGCGUGCACCGUUAUCUGGGCAUCUGUCACCCCAUCAAGGCAAUGACUCUGGUGAAGUCUCGUCAUGCCCACCUGGUGUGUGGCACGGUGUGGGCUGUGGUAACCGUGUGCUUGGUGCCCAACCUCAUUUUUGUCACCACCUCCAGGAGGGACAAUGACACCCUGUGCCAUGACACAACCAGCCAGCAGGCCUUUGAGCAGUAUGUGGACUACAGCUCUGUUGUCAUGGUGCUCCUGUUUGGCAUCCCGUUCAUGGUCAUAGUGGUGUGUUACUGCUUGAUGGCGCGGGCUCUCUGCCGGCCCAGACAGGGAUUAACGACCACCCGGCAGAGCGCUGCCUCACGACAGAAGUCCAUCAAGCUCAUCAUCGUGGUGUUGGUGGUGUUUGCUGUGAGCUUCGUCCCAUUUCACAUCACGCGGACCCUCUACUACACCUCCCGCGUGUUAGACCUUAACUGUGAAUUCCUCAACAUUGUCAACUUUACUUACAAGAUCACCAGGCCGCUGGCGAGUGUCAACAGCUGCAUUGACCCAAUUCUAUAUUUCCUGGCUGGGGAUCACUACCGCUCCAAAAUGAUGUCUGUUCUGACUGGAAAAAGACAGACAAUAAGCAGCCAAGCACCGGAACAGGCACAAACACAGUCAAAGAAUAACCAAGACAUUGCUCUGGUCUAUAAGAACUCAGCCCUUAAAGGCAGUGAAGAGGUUCAGAAAUAAAGGGAAAUUGGUUGCAGAAAUCUAAAGCAUUAAACGUGUCUAAACGUAGCUAACAUUUCUAACGUCACGUACAGAGGCAUCUGCUUCAUUUUCCUUUCUUGCACUGACAUUUUUGGAAGAGAACUAGUUUACAGUAAAAUUUACAUACAGUAUGUGCUUCCACUCCAUUCAAUUUUGUUAUAGCCUGUGUUUAACAGGUCUAAAGACCAUAUUUCAGUUCCACUCAUCUUCUUUUAUGUUUGUGAGAUGAAGUUCAAGUGCUUCUUACCAACAAGUCUGUACCUUCCUCUUACCUACAGUCUUCUACCACAAAGGGAUUAUUGCUCAAAACUUAGUAUGCAAUAGACAGUAUUUACAAUGCUGUCCAGUGUUCCCCUUUCUGGUAAAUUGUGUCUAUCAUUUCUGAUAAUAUUAAGUGAGACACUUAAGUACUCAGACACAGGUGGUCUUGGGUAGCUUAAAAUAAACCACAGGCAAUUCAGGCAUUGAAUUGUCAUCCUGGGUGAGGAGAACUACGUUUGAUUGGACACACAUGGAUCUAAACAUUAAAGUUUAUAUCUGACAACGGUGACAUAUGGUCUGGCUAUUGUCUCAGAAAUGAGAAAAUUAUGAGGCAAUCCUUCCUGUUUUAUCAACAAUGUCUGCGUGUUACCCAGAAACUGCAGUUACUGCCAGUGCAGCUCCCCUUCCCAGCUGUUUUUGUCCUUCAGCUUUCACAGCUGCCUGUUGCUCCACUGUGAAGAAAAGCAGAGGGACUGAUCUGGACAAGACAUAGCUUUUCAAACCACCCACGCCUCAUUAGAGGAAUAAGGGAUUUUCCUUUCCCCCCUUCCACCUUUGGGAUUGAAACAUGGAAUUUGAAGGACUUUUUCUAUCAGUGAUCUAAGUUGAAAUCCCUGAUAGUCUUGCAGGAUGUGAAUGCAGUGUUGGAAAGUUUUACCUUUGCUUCAGAGCAUUUGUCCCUCCACUCUUGGUUUUAAUGUUGGUGUAUGACUCUGUGCUGGAGCAGAUAUAUUCAUACAGAACUGUGUCACAUGGGGUUCUCAUGAUAUUAAGUAUGAGAACUAUCUUUGAAGAUGUUUUGUAACUACGUUUUGACAUCGAUCAUUGAGUGUUACCACAUGAGUUACUGUGUUGUUGUACGUGACAUAUGAACUGAUUACACAGUGAAUCUUUCUAAUCUGGCAAGUGCAAAAACCACUGAGAUAUAAUCUAUAAUUUAUAAGUCUAAUUUCUUACUCAACUCACCCUCAUUGAAAGAGCGACAUAUGAAUUUACCUAUGAAUUUACAGGAAAAUCAAGAAAUUUAUCAUUUUUUUCAAACCGUACAACUCCUAAGUGUUACUGCUAAGCCGAACUGAAACCAACUCCACCUGCUGUGACCUGAAUAAAAACAGUACAGCUGAUAGUUGGGAAGUGAAAUCAGAGUAUGUGACUGAAACAAUAAGAUAAUUUUCAUUUCGACUCCUGGGAAAGUGGUGUCCUUUUCUUUGAAAAGAGUUCUGAUGAAAUAAAUACUGUGAUAACGAUGA